GGGGAGAGAGACCUCGCACCGACGUUUUCGCCUCGCUCUAGCUAGUACCUCCGCCGCAUUCGUACGUGCUAGAAAACGCGCCGUAUCAUUGACGAUUUUGAGCCGCGGGAGAGAGAGAGAGAGAGAAACGCCGCGGAUAACAAAAGGCUCCGGGUUUCACACGUCUCUCUCCGCGACACCGCACUUCUUUCUUUUUUCCUUACUCCAAUAUCUAUCUUCUUCGCCUUGGACGACCCACGCGUUCUGGUGAUCGCGUCGGUUGUUGUUGUUCAGUACGGUUAACGAAGGGCCGGCUGAGGGCGAAGGAGAGAGAAGAGAAGCACGAGGGAGACAGGGAGCGAGAGGAGAAUCGCGUGCGUCCUCGUUCCGUCCUCUUCGAUCGAGUACGCACCCUUCUCGGUCGACGAAGGGAGAAAAGCGAGUACCUACACCGCGUGACGCAGGUGAGAUAAUAUGCGCUCGCGAAUUGCGCGCGAGGGUGCGCGAGCCAGGAGGGUGCCAUCGUGCCGGUUGCAGUAGUGACUUGCGGGCUUGCGGGCGGACACGUUGCGAGCGCAGCUUGACAGCUUACGUUCCAUGUGUCGUGAAAGGGCCUGUGCCAACGGCGGCGAUCUCGCGGGCACGGUUUUUCGGGCGAACGACGGCUUCUCGUGAGUAAUCGGGGGUUUAGCUCGGCUGCUGUGCCAGCUUCUGUCACCUCCUCAUCUUCUUUAUCGUCAUCAUCCCGGCGAGGAAGUGCAAACGCGGGGUACAAAACGCUCGCGAGACGAAUCGCGAAUCCUACGAAAGAGAGAGAAAGAGAGAGUGAACGUUAUCGUUUAUCUCGAGGGAUAUACGAAGAGGAUAUUGCACGAGAGACAUUGGUCCGCUGGCGUCGUGGAAUAACGCUACUACUGAACCGGUAUCAAAAUGGGUUGUUUUGGGAGCAAAGACAAGUUGAGCAAGGAAGAUAUGGACUUCCUCAAGUCGCACACGCGAUACGAUGAAGCCACUAUAAAGGAAUGGUACAAAGGUUUUAAACAAGACUGUCCUAACGGCAGGUUAACGCCGGCGAAAUUCGUCGACAUGUACAAAAUGUUCUUCCCGUCCGGCAACGCGGAGGAAUUCUGCGAUCAUGUUUUCCGCACAUUCGACAUGGAUAAGAAUGGCUACAUCGAUUUUAAGGAAUUCCUAUUGGCAAUCGACGUAACGUCCAGCGGUACACCGGAAGAAAAACUGAAAUGGGCGUUCCGUAUGUACGAUGUUGAUGGCAACGGCGUUAUCGAUAUGCAAGAAAUGACGAAGAUCGUCCAGGCGAUAUACGACAUGCUCGGCGCGUGUUCGAGCAAUAGACCGGCGGACAGCGCGGAGGAGAGGGCGAAGAACAUAUUCGCAAAGAUGGACGAGAACAACGACGGGCAGCUGACGCAAGACGAGUUCCUAAAAGGCUGCCUCCAGGACGAGGAGCUGUCGAAAAUGCUCGCCCCUUAAUCCCGACGCCGCCUUAUUUUCGGAGCCGCCGACGCGCGAUCGUAAACGAGGACACACACCACACUCUCAUGAUUCUCCCAAAACUCAACAACUACGGAACGUCAACAAUAAGCCACCACCGAAAUCGACACUCGCAUACACACACGCCAUCGUCAUAUACGUUAAACACGUACACGUACCAAACGAUAUAAUUUCCAAUUAAUUAUGACGUACGCUAUUAUUAUGGCGGUUCGAUAACCUAGUCCCGUCGCUCGUGUCCGAUGGAAAGACACGAGCCGUGAUAAAAUGGCGGAUGGUGACGAGGAAAAUGAUCGAGGAUGAUCGAUAAAUGAAAAGAAGGAACAGCGAUUCGAAUCGAGUCUUGUUCAUUUGAAAAAGGAGAGAUUUUUAAGAAGAUGGCGCACUGUACGCGUGGAUCUUUGUUUGGAUGACAGUAAUACGAUGGUGGUAAUCGGUUCUAGGAAAAGAUAGCCUCGCGAACACACGGAGAACAGAGAACGAUGCUGCUGCUGACGACGGUGGAUCCAAUUAGCAUCUCGUGAAAAUCUUCUUGUCCAUUUUGAACUCACAUCGUCGACAAAUGACAAUUCACGUGUACGGCGAAUCUCGCAUUCACACACUGGUUCGUCGUGCGAAUUCAGGAAUUUCCUCGAACCGUGGCGAUGGAAUUAACGGGGGGGAGUGGAACCAUCAGUUCUUUCGAGGGAGGAAAGUGACAACGUCGGUCGUCACGGAGGAUCGUCGGUGGCUUUCAAAGCUCGCGCUUGCACUGACAAUUUGGCUUAACCGAUGCUAGAUGUACGGAAUUCGCCCUCUUUCGUCGGCGAAUUAUAUAGCUCCGUCUAAUAAUACAGACGGAGAGCAUAAAUUAAUCCUCUGAUGCGCUUCAGGAGAUAUAAGGACUUUGCAUGGUAGUUCCAUACAAUUUCGCACAGACUUAACUUCGGAGGUAUUAAUAUCGCGAUUCUAAUUUCACUCCGGAUUUAUCAAUAGCACCCAGAAGUUCGUCAGAUCUCGCGGUGAAUCUUAUUAGACGUCUAUUGUUUUUGCGAGCGCUUUUGUCUCGUUAUAAUAGAGAAUUAGUGUAAAUAAAUCAAGCGCAUCAUGAAUUAACUCACUUCAACUUACUGCUGGAUUGUUACAAACAUCUGUUUACAAGUAUUUACACAAGCACUUGAUCUAUAGUGUCAUUUGGCCAUAGUGCCAUACAAACUGAAGCCCAUUUUUGCGCAUGCACAUAAAGUAUAGAUAUAGAGAUAUCUCAAAUAUAUUUAAAUAAUCUUAAAAUCAACUAUACAUUUAAUCUGAUUUGAGUCUCAUGAAUCUUCCGUUGAAUCAUUGCACGGCCCUUGUUUUUCUAAUCCGGAAUACAUAUAUUUGAACAGCUCGAAGCCAGACUGUGAUUUGCAUCUCGUGUAAGUUAUUUGUUUGAUGGCCAUCAUUAAUCUUCAUUCCAUUCCAUUCCAUUCCAUUUCACAUGAUUCCACUACUCCGCAAAGUCCCGUUUAUCAGAUUUCGCUGCAGGAGUCGCAUCAAGAUUUACUUGUAACGUUCGAUUACACAAAA